AUGUUCUUCAGCUGCCGCGCCAAACAGCCUACGCCUCCGCCGCCCCGGCCGCAUUGCGCCUAUUCCGGCUGUGUACACAAGGUCUUGAGAUGCGAGGGCCCGGUCAAAACCAGGCGCGUCCUCUCCAUAUUCUAUGCCUGCCGGUCUCGCACAGGCGAGAAGAUGUGCACGAACCCCAAACAGUCCGGUCCAUCCAAGUACUGCGAAGAUCCCGAUGUCAUACCCAGGGCUGUUCCCACCAACGCAUCUUUGCCGACGCAAACCAGGACUGGCCAUACUGCCAAAGCCCGCGCCGCCAGCUCCCAAAUGUGCGUCUUCCACACGCCGCUCUGCCUCAUCCCCGCCUGCGGCCACCCCCGCGUCGCCAACGGCCUCUACUGCCCAGGCCACAGCUGCAUCGAAACGGACUGCAACAGCGUCAUCGAUGGCGGUAACUGGUGCCGAGACCACCGGCUCUGCAAGACCGAAGGCUGCAAGUCCCCGAGGGUCGUCUCGCCCGGCGGAACACACGAGGAUGCUUGCUGGUUCCACUUACCGACAUCCUGCAAGGCACCAGGCUGCGUGGCCGUCGUCAGCGGCGGCGUCCCCUUUUGCCCCCAGCACGAGUGCACAUAUCCGCCCUGCCGCGCGCAAAAAGACAACGCAAACGACGCAUUGCGCCUCUACUGCUCCAGCCCUGCCGACCUCGCGAACCCCUCCAAACCGUCCUCCGCACAGCAACCGCGCUUCUGCGUGGCGCACAAGUGCGCAAGCAGCCCAGACUGCGCCCAUCCCUCGAAACCCGCCAGCCGCCGCUGCGCCCUCCACGCGUGCCUGUACCCUUCAUGCCCGUCCCCGCGCGCCGAGGACCCGCUCCUUGUCUCGGCGAGCCAAUUCUGCGCUGGCCAUGCCUGUCGGGCUCCUGAGUGCCACGGUGCGGCGAGGUCGACGGGGACGUUUUGCGAUGCCGAGCACGCGUGUGUGGUGCCCGGAUGUCCCUCCCCGCGGCGCGGAGUUGGGACCGGUGGAGUGGAAGAAGAAGAAAAAGAAGGAGAAGAAGGAGGAGGAGGCAGAGUCCGAGUCGGAGCGGGGCCGGGAUCGGUAUGCUGCGCCGCACACACGGCCAUGAUUAUGGCCCGCGAUACCGCGACGGGAUGGACCGGCUUCGAGCCAAAGUCCAUGCCCAUUACGCCGCCGCCGCCGCCGCCGCCGCCACACAAGCAGAGGUUUCCCUAUCUCAGCCCGACGGAGGAGGCGUUGGGCCUGCGGUUCCAGGAGGAGAGGGAACGGCAUGAGCAGGAGGCUCGACUUGCGGAGGAGACGCGGGCGUGGCACGCUGUCACUACGGCUACUGAUGCUGCUGCUGCUGCUUCCCGUGGUGGUGGCGGUGGGGUGGACGUUGUGGGAGGCGUGCCGUUGCCGGCUGGGUUCGAGACGAGGGGGAAGAGGGCGCGGAGGCAGAGGAGCUAUGAUAGUGGGGUUGCGCCGAGUCCGACGGUGAGCGAGUCGACUUUAUCGAGCAAUUGUACGGUUGUCAGUUGA